AUGCGGGCGUCGCUGCUGCUGCUGCUGCUGCUCUGCUGCGGCCAGCACGGCGCGACGACUACGACGACGACGACGACGACAUGUGCGCCGCCACGACAGGGGCAUAACCAUCAGCGUGGAUUCAGCGCGCAGAUCACCCUGGCUCCCUGCCCGGGCUCUUGCACCUGCGCGGCCAAGGGAGCUACCUUGAAACAGGCCGAAAGACCCGUCGCUCCCGGAACGUCAUCACAGUCGCUCAUUUCAUUUGUCUCGCCGACAAGCCAAGGCCACGUCUGGCAAGUCAGUACAGGCCCCCUUAUUCCACCUGCGAAUAUAGAAGGCUGCCGGCCUGCUGCUGCUGCUCCUGCCACCCGCACACCUUCCUCGCUCACCCUUCCAGCUAUCUACACUCCUUGCUCCUCUCUCUCUCUCCCCGUCUCUCUUCCUCUCUCUCUCCGUCUCUCUCUCUACCCAGUCCCACUGCCCGGCCAGUCCACUGGAGCUCCUCGCCAGUCACCACCCAUUGUAAUUCCGCCUCGCCCGUGGCUGCUACUGCAACCGCCGCUUCCGCGCCCGCUUUCUCACACCCCCCCGGCCACCACCGACAACACCGACUCGGGCGCUCCUUCUCGUCCCUUCUCUCCCACGACCAGCACAGGCCGCCCGUUCGGCGACCGCUCUCAAACCGCCUUCUCUCCCCAAUCGGUGCGUGUUGCUCCUCCCGCGCCGCUGCCCGCGCCGCCUGCGACGAUUGUGCGACAGACUGCUAACGCCCACACAGCACACGGCGCACCCGUCACCAUAAUGAUCUUCAGGGAGUCAGAGUCCAACAACAUGGGCCGUGGCGCCUACGACACUACCGGCACACCCAAGCCCACGUCGCCACCCCAGCCCAAAUAA